AGCCCUAGCCUAAUUGGGUAUAGUUCCGCCACCAUUCAAAAUUUCUUCCGCCCAAACCCACGCCACCCACCCAGCGCCGGGCUAACAACUGAUUCCCGUCGUCCUCUGCUAGCCACCACCGGGAGAGAAGACCGAACUGCUCGAAGUAUGUUGCUCAAGAAUUAGACUGUGAAGCAAUUGAAGAAAUCUUCUCCUAGAGAGAAAGAGAGAGAGCAAUUUUAGUCGGUGAUGAAUGAUUGAGGCGUUGCAAUUCUCAGAGUGGAAAAUUCAGUGAAGCUCUCGACCUGUAUAUUUUCAUUUCCAAAGAGAUCGAAAAGGAGCGAGUUUUUGCGGGGUUCCCAUUGCUGAAGAAAGAAUCACGAAUGGAUUGGAGCGUUGUGCGAAGGAUUUGGGAGAAAUGGGCAACAAACAACGUAGGGUCUUCAGGUGCAAAUGGCUGCAAUUUUUUGUAAAAAAAAGCCAGGAUUUGAAGGCAGCUCUCUUGAUCAACUAUGAUCCCACUGGACCUUCUCGCUUGGUGUCUACUAUUGCAGAGCAAGAAGGCAUAAAAGCAGAUCCAAUUGAAAUCAGUCAAUUUAUCAAUUUUGUCAAGAGAAACAAACUUCAGACUGAGACCUUCUUCAUCGGGCCAAACCAAUAUCUUGUCACCUCGAUUCAUGAGAGUUGGUUCUGUGCAAGGAGCUUGAACUCUUCGAAGCAUGCCGGUGAAGGCGCUAUAGUCAUGCAGACAUCAUCAUUCCUCUUGGUUGGACUAUACGAUGGCUCGAUUGGUGCAGCAUCAUGUGCAAUGAUGGCUGUCGAUCAGUUUGCAAGCGAAACUAGGUCGAAGAAACUAUUGAUUUCAUUGAAGGAUCUAGCAUGAAAUAGAGCAUCUUUUAUGAAACAUUUUGGCUUUUAUAUAAAUAUAUAAAAUUGUGGCAUCUUAUUAAUGCAUUUUAUGAUAUAAAAUCUUUUGCAGACAAUAAAAUACAUUACUGUUUUUUAACAAUA